AACUAUGACUAUCUAAGAUAUUGAUCUAAGCGCAUUGCAUUGUGGGAUACAUUCCCAAAACAGUGUGCAUAAAAAUAGUGCAUAUUUUAUGCCUCCAGAAACUUCUUAUUCUGCACACAGUAUGCAUACUUCAGUAACAGUAUAUCUGUAGUAUGGACAUACGCCAAAACAUUUCAAACAUGCUCACUCUCUCUCAGUGACGUCAUUUUGCUGCAUGCUUGCCGCAGCGACAGAUCAGAUUGGCUGAUGUAGGGGAAUCCUAAGCCCCUCCCCUUAGAGUAGAGUCAUUCCCUUACAGGCCCCGCCCCCACUACUGCGCUAAGAGAUCCCCAGUCCCCGCCUCCUCCUCUCAUAUUUUGCUGCUUUGCUGAUAGACUCUCUCUCUGCUAGCACUCUCUCUCUCUUUCUCUCUCUCUUUCUCUCUCUCUCUUUCUCUCUGCAUCAUCCUGUGUGCAGUCAGCAGCAUGGACUCCAGCGCAGCUCCAGCGCAGAGCAAAACCAAAGCUAAAGCUCAUAAGAGAGGCAGUUUACAGAGCUGGACCAGUCCUGAUCUGUAUGGUUCUUCAGAUCAGAGGCCGUUGAUGUCUCAGCGUUCACUGCCCGGUACACCUGUCACUCAUAAACAUCUGCCUGUGGAUCUGCGCACAUCUAUGGAUGGAAAAUACAAAGAGAUCGCUGAGGAGCUGUUAGUGAGGAGUAUGACCGACAGCGAUAUGCGUUGUGCACCGUACGAGUUUCCUGAAGAAAGUCCAAUCGAACAGCUGGAGGAGAGACGACACCGUCUGGAGAGACAGAUCAGUCAGGACGUCAAGCUUGAGCCCGAGAUUCUGCUGAGAGCGAAACAAGACUUCAUGAAAGUAGACAGCACUGCAGACCUGGAGUUUCUGAAGGACGGUCAUGAAGAUGCUGUGGAUUAUCAUUACUUGGAGAGAGAGACGGUUAUAGAGAGAGAAUUUCAGCGUGUGUCCAUCUCAGGAGAGGAGAAGUGCGGGGUGCCGUUCACUGAUCUAGUAGACGCUGCCAAGUGUGUGGUGAAGGCUUUAUUUAUCCGUGAGAAGUACAUGAAUGUAUCACUGCAGAGUUUCUGUAAGACCACCGCUCGAUCCCUUCAGGAGCUCAAUGACAGACCGCCGGACGUCAACUUCAGUCAGGACGCUCACGAGAGCCCGGUCGACUCAGGUGUGUCAUCACACAUACAAACACACACACAAACAGAAGAGAUUCAAGAGACUCAUCUCUCUCUCUCUUUCUCAGAUGCUCCUGUUCACCCACCGGUGUCAAAAACUCACCCCUAUGAAGGGCAGGACAUGAAGAACCUGCCGUCUGAUUUGGGUUACAGCUGUAAGAUGGUGGAUGGAGUCGUUCAUGUCUACACCAAACAAAACCCAAUGGACAAGAGCACAGAAUUAGAUCUGCCAUAUCCAGAUCUGCAGGAAUUCAUCACCGAUAUGAACGUCAUGAUGGCUUUGAUCAUCAACGGCCCUGUAAAGUCGUUCUGUUAUCGGCGACUGCAGUAUUUGAGCUCAAAGUUUCAGAUGCACAUUCUUCUGAAUGAGAUGAAGGAGCUGGCGGCGCAGAAGAAAGUGCCACAUCGAGAUUUCUACAACAUACGAAAAGUGGACACGCACAUUCACGCCUCGUCCUGCAUGAAUCAGAAACAUCUGCUGAGGUUCAUCAAGCGUGCGAUGAAAAAAUACCCCGAUGAGAUCGUGCACAUGGAGGGCGGUCGCGGUCAGACGCUGAUGGACGUGUUCGAGAACAUGAAUCUGACGGCGUACGACCUCAGCGUCGACACGCUCGACAUGCACGCGGACAGAAACACUUUCCAUCGUUUCGACAAAUUCAACUCCAAAUACAACCCCAUCGGAGAGUCCAUCCUCAGAGAGAUCUUCAUCAAAACUGACAAUCACAUCAAUGGCAAAUACUUUGCCCACAUCGUCAAGGAAGUGAUGUCAGACCUCGAGGAGAGUAAAUAUCAGAACGCCGAGCUGCGUCUGUCCGUAUACGGUCGAUCUAUGGAUGAAUGGGAUAAACUUGCGGAGUGGGCCGUUUCACACUCGGUGUAUUCAGACAACGUCCGCUGGCUCAUUCAGAUCCCACGACUCUUUGAUGUUUACCGCACAAAGAAACAACUGAUAAACUUCCAGCAGAUGUUGGAGAACAUAUUCAUGCCUCUGUUUGAGGUGACCAUCAACCCAAAUAGUCACCCAGACCUCCACCUGUUCCUACAACACGUGGUGGGUUUUGACAGUGUCGAUGAUGAGUCUAAACCGGAGCAUCACAUCUUUAAUCUGGACAGUCCAUCACCUGCCCGCUGGUGUGAAGAUGAUAAUCCACCAUAUUCAUAUUAUCUGUACUACAUGUAUGCCAACAUCACCGUCCUGAACCACCUGCGCAGGAGGCGGGGCUUCCAGACCUUCAUGCUGCGACCUCACUGCGGGGAGGCGGGGCCUAUUCAUCACCUGGUGUCUGGAUUCAUGCUGUCAGAAAACAUCUCGCACGGACUGCUGCUCAGAAAGGCUCCAGUCCUGCAGUAUUUGUUUUAUUUGGCUCAGAUUGGCAUCGCCAUGUCUCCUCUGAGUAACAACAGCCUGUUUUUGAGUUAUCAUCGUAAUCCUCUGCACGAGUAUCUGUCCCGCGGGCUCAUGGUGUCGCUCUCCACCGAUGACCCUCUGCAGUUUCACUUCACUAAGGAGCCUCUGAUGGAGGAAUACAGCAUCGCAGCUCAGGUCUGGAAACUGAGUUCAUGUGACAUGUGUGAGCUCGCCAGAAACAGUGUGUUAAUGAGUGGAUUCUCACACAGGGCGAAGAGUUAUUGGUUAGGUCCUGGUUAUGAUGAAGAAGGACCGUUCAGCAAUGACAUCCGUCGCACAAACGUUCCUGACAUCCGUGUGGCGUACAGACACGAAACUCUGUGCGAAGAGCUUCAUCUGAUCACGCAAGCCGUCCAGACGCAAGAGCUCGACAACAUCCAAGAGGAGACGCUGUCAUUCAAUCCUAGCCAAUCAGCAUGAUAGAGUACUCGUAACCUCGUCCAUAGCGUGACACUAGAGCACUCGUAACCCCGUCCAUACCUUACCUGUCCAAUCAGGACGCUACUAGCGUCCUGAUUGGACAGGUAAGGUAUGGACGGGGUUACGAGUGCUCUAGUGUCACGCUAGAUCACCUGUAACCCCGUCCAUCACCAGGACCAAGUCAACAUUCCAACAUCGUCUCAUAUAGUGCAUGUUUAGAGAUAUUUAAGCUAUGCAUAGAGAUAUAAAUAUAUAUGUGUCUCACGUUAUACCUCAUUUACAUGUUAGAGUUUACUCGUGUGCCUUUAUCUGUUUUUAAGUUUGUAUGUAAGUCAUUGAUUUUGUUUUGGCAGGACUGUUCAGAUGAGUGUUUGCUCUAUAAUGAGUCAGUCUGGUCUACAGGUGGCGCUAUAGAGCACAAACGUCAUUGAGCCUUUAUGAAGAAUAUUUUUAUAAUCGGACUCAAACCCUGACCUCUACAGCACUUUGAGUGUCGUGUCAUAUCUCUCAACCAAUGAAGGAGUUUUAGUUUACUGAUCUAUACAGCAGACGGCUCCGGUGCAGAUCCGGCCCAGAGUCGUCUGCCGUCCAGGCAGUAGAUGAAGAGUUUUGUGUCUAUGUGUUGAUUUUAUUCAUACAUUAGUUAUUAUGUUUGAGAUUUGUUUUAAAAGAUUGUUUUUUUUAAUUCACGUGUAGGAUGACACACGCACAGAGCAUGUGUUUUAAUGUCUAUCAUUCAACUGACUGUUAAUAUCCCCAAACUAUUACUGUUUGCUCAAUGAUUCACUUUAUCGAUGUAAGAUCAUUAUUGAGUAAAAAACAGCAUGAUUUAUUCAAGUUAAACACAGAGCAAAGCAUGACAUACAACAUGACCGAGACGUGUUUAAAACAAUGACAUACAGAGCAAAAGAGCUGAAAAUAAACACAAUUCUCUGUGAAUGAUGUCUUUAAUAAAGUCUGUGUGUGUAU